AAAAAUCACGAAUUGUUAGGCAAGGUAGCGCAAGCUGCCGCCCGUUACAAAGGGCGUAGCCGUUACCAUUCAUCCAUCCAGAAGAGUAGAAAAGAAGGAAGGGUUCCAAAAUUUUCAUUUUUUUAGCAAUUUCUAAGGCACUGAAUAAUGAAUUGGGCGGUAGCUUGCGCCACCUAGCCAUUGUCAUUUUUCAUAAAAACCUUUAUUGAUGCGUAGCCGUCGCCAUCUAUGCGUGUCGCCAUUUGAAAUAACGGCGAACACGUGGUGCAACCACAUAAUUACAAGAAAUUGUGUUUAACUUUUAUCUUAAUUUAUUCAUCUUAACGGUAAAGAAAGAAAUUUUUCUAGCACAGUAGUACUCUCACAAGUCAGACUUUACGAUCCAGUUGCCCAACUGCUUUUGUAUCAUAUCAUGGCGGACAGGUAUGACAGUGAUUACGGUUCGAGAUAUGGCGGCGGAGGCGGCCAUCGAGACCACUACGGCAGCAAGCCCUCUAGACCCAUGCCCACCGAGCCUCCGUUCACAGCCUUUGUAGGUAAUCUGCCCGAUGGUGUUGUGCAGAGCGACAUUGACGAGAUCUUCAAGGGCAUCAAGAUCAAGAGUACUCGUCUCGUCAGGGACAAGGAGACGGACAGGUUCAAAGGCUACUGCUACGUGGAGUUCAAUGACCUCGAAUCGCUGAAGGAGGCAUUAGAAUUCGAUUCUGCGGACCUGCAGGGACGGUCACUAAGAGUGGACAUUGCCGAGGGCCGCCGCAGCGACCGAGGGGGUGGCUUUGGCAACCGGCGAGGGGGCGGACCAGGAGACUUUGACCGGGGCGGUGGCCGAGGCGGCGGUCCGAGGGACGGAGGUCGCUACGGAGGAGACCGUGGAAGCGGCGGAGGCGGCUUCCGAGGCGGUUUCUCGGACCGCGGAGGCGACCGGGACUUCGACAGGUCAAGGUCGGACGGCCAGCAGCAAUGGGGUGGCGGACCACCGGGAGGCUUUUCUUCGAGAGGCCCCCCAGGAGGAGGAGGAGGACCCCCAAGGGACAGGCGGCCCCCCGACACAGAAGAAUUCCGGGAGGCUUCGUCAGAGGAGGCCUCGAUGCGCCCCCGGCUGAAGCUGCUGCCGCGCACGGUGCCGAGGCCCGUGUGUGAGGUGGCGGAGACGGCCAGCCGCUCGGCCAUCUUCGGCGGCGCCAAGCCCCGGGACGAGAAAGUCUACGAGAAGACCCGCAAGACCUCCGAAGGCGACGAAGCAGCGCCGUAAGGCUCGUACGUUUUCUUGCAGGCGAUGCCGACUAAGCAACACUUCUAGAAUUCAGCAUGUUGUGUUAAAAAUAUACAGACUAACUCUGUCAUUUGUGUGGAUUGACAAUUUUGUACUCCGGCAUUAAGUAAUAAAGAAGUCAUUGAGGAGGA